AUGGAGGGAGAUACUAUAUUUGCAGCAACAACAAAUAUCAGAGAUGAGGGGAUCGAUCUAACCCAAAUCUCUCUUCGACUCAUUAGUCUUGAUGAUCUUGAUUAUGUAAUGGCGUGGACCACAGAUGAAAAAGUAGCCAGAUAUUGCACUUGGGAACCUUACACUAUCAAAGAGGAAGGCAUCAACUUUAAAUUAAAAUAAAGUAAAUAUCUAUGGUUCAGAGCAAUUUGCCUCAACGAUCGUGUAAUUGGGUGUAUUGAUUUGUUCCUAUGUGAGGGGCAGGGUAGGAACAGGCACAAAUCUGCCGAACUUGGCUACGCUUUAGGCUCCAGAUACUGGGGUAAAGGGAUUGCAACACAUGUUGUGAAACAAGUUGUUAAAGCUGCAUUUACAGAGUUUCCACACUUGGAAAGGCUUCAAGCUCUGAUUUUUGUGGAAAAUGUGGGUUCUCAAAGGGUGCUGGACAAGGCUGAUUUUCAAAGGAAGGGCGUUCUCAGGAUGUAUGCCAUCAUUAAAGGAAAACGUAGAGAUCUGGCUAGUUACAGUGUUCUCAACAAUGAUUGUCGUAGUUGAUUUGUUUCAAGCAUGUCUCAACUCCAGUUUUGAGCCACCUUGAAUACGUAAGUGUGUAUCAAAU